UUUUGGAUUCUUAGAUGCCAUCCAUCCCCUGUAUAUGUUCGGUGUUGGUUCUGAUAAUAACUAUUGUCCAAGGAGGCUCAUCAGGAGGGCCUGUGUAUACUCGCUGGGGUCGGAAGGACUGCCCAGGAUCAGCAAAGUUAAUAUAUUCAGGCUUUGCUGGAGGAUCUUAUUACAUGCACAAGGGCGCCGCGGUAGACCCACUCUGUUUACCAAGAGACCCUCAAUGGGGGUCCCAUAACAACUGGAAGGACAAUUUCAGAGGACUUCUUUACGGGGCGGAAUACAAGGGUGUUUAUAGUGACUCUGUGUCCCAUCUCGUGGAUCACGACGUGCCCUGUGCCGUCUGUGAAACUAUUGGUGAAAAGCCCGUUAUAGUUAUCCCAG